AUGGCUGUAGUACCGACUCGUCAAUUGGGUAAGAAUGGACCUCAAGUAUCGGCUAUUGGUUUUGGAGCGAUGACUUUAUCGUUUCCACCCUUGUCCAGUGCAUCUGAUGACGAACGAUUUAAGAUCAUCGAUCGAGCAAUUGAACUUGGUUGUACCUAUAUCGAUAGCGCGGAUGUCUAUGGUGACAAUGAAGAAUUAUUCGCAAGAUAUUUCAAGAAAUACCCACAUCAACGAAAGAAAGUUUUCUUCGCAACGAAAUUUGCCAAUAUCUUCGCUAAUAAUCAGAUUUCUGUUCGUGGUGAUGCGCAAUAUGUUCGCGAGGCUAGUGCAAAAAGUUUCAAACGUUUGGAACUUGAUCAGAUCGAUCUUUAUUACGUCCAUCGGAUCGAUAAGAACAUUCCGAUCGAGGAAACAAUGAGUGUACUCAAAGAACUUGUUCAAGUAGGUAAAGUCAAGUAUCUCGGAUUGUCUGAAUGUUCCAGUGAUACACUUCGACGUGCUCAUGCUGUUCAUCCUAUUUCGGCGGUCCAAGUCGAAUAUUCGCCAUUUAGCCUGGAAAUUGAACAUGCAGAUAUUGGUCUUUUGAAGACGUGUCGCGAAUUAGGUGUAGCAAUUGUCUGCUAUUCACCAUUAGGCCGUGGAAUGCUCACCGGACAAAUUAAAAGUCCUAAUGAUCUCGACAAAGACGAUCGCCGAAGACAUUUCCCUCGAUUUUCUGAAGAAAAUUUUCCUAAGAAUAUUCAGCUAGUCAACAAAUUGGCAUCCAUUGCGCAGAAGAAAGGUUGCACUUCUGGUCAACUGACAUUGGCUUGGAUUCUUGCUCAAGGUAAUGAUUUUAUUCCCAUACCUGGUACAACGAAAAUAAAAAAUCUGGAAGAAAAUGCAGCAGCAGCACAAAUCAAAUUAAGUAAAGAAGACAUAGCAGAAAUUCGUCAAGCAUGUGAAUCAGCUGAUAUAGCUGGUAAUCGAUAUCCAGAAGCGUUUGCUGUUGCGCUCUAUGGUGAUUCAGCACCGAAAAAGAAAUAG